AUGGCGCUGGAGCAGUUCCUCGUGUCCAGGGGCAUCCGGCUGCGGCCCUACCGGCCGCCCUACGCGCCCUACCGCCCGCCCUACCGCCAGCCCUACUACGACGAGGACCCCUACGGCUACGACCCCUACCUCAUGCGGCCCUACCCCAUGAUGCCCUACGCCCCGCGCGGCUACCCCUACGACCCGUACCAGCAGCCCUACCACCCCCGCGGCUACCCCUACGACCCGUACCAGCAGCCCUACCCGCAGCCCUACCCGUACCCGCAGCAGCCGCAGCUGCAGGCACUCCAGGCGCACCAGCAGGCGCAGCUCCUCGAGCAGCAGCAGCAACUGCAGCAACAAGAGCUGCGGCAGCAGCGCCUGCAGCACCAAGACUUCCGCCAGGAGCGGCCGGAGCUCCGCCAGGAACGCCAGCUCACGGCGGCCACCACGCUGGCGCCCGUCUCCACCUCCGCCCGGGUCCGCAGCGUCAAGAUCCUGGACCCGGAGGCGGAGGGCAGCGAGAACCACAGCGCCAGCACGGCCAGCGCCUCCAGCACCGCGCGCCCGGAGUAG